GAUGAUCAAGAACUCACCAUGGAGACUCGGAGACAGUCGGAGAAGCAGCUGCAGAAGGCCAGGGAGAAGGAGCGGGCGCAGGCAACUCGUAUUAGUGACGAAGAGAAGCGUAACUCUGCCAUCACCAACGCCAUGAAGCACUGGCAGGUGGUGAAGAAAGACCACCGGAAGUUGAUUAGGAAACCCAGUGAGAGCUCCGUCAGCACCAGCGACCACCCCCCUUCCAAGGGCAGUGACGCCACGGAGAUGUCGAGCGGAUUCUGUGGUGACACCGUGUCCGAUGUUGGAGAGGAGGAGGAGGAGGAGGAGGUGGUGGACAAGGAAGAGUUAGGAGUGACAGUGACUAGUGAAGAUGGUAAGGAGGGGAAGGUUGAAGGAGAGGAGACAGAAGGGCAUCAGGAGGACGACCGAGCCUCGCUGGUGUCCUCUGUCACGUCCAGUGGUAUUUCCGACGUCAGUUUAAUUCACAAAGCCACUGAGCGGAGACUGAGUUCUUCUGAUAUACAGUCAAUGAGGGAAAAUGUUACAGUGAGUGCAGUGACUAAUACCAUACAGGCAAUAAAACAGUUCAAAAUGAAUAGUCCGAGGAAUGCAGAUAAUAAAAAUAAUUUACCAAGAAGUAAAUCAUACACAGAUAUGAGAGUAUUGAGAAGAAAAAAUUCAUGUGAGGGUGAUCGCCCUUUAAGACCUAAGUCAGUUCGUAACCCAAACGGUGAGGUGUGGGGAGGGGCAGGGAAGGUGAGCGAGAAGAUCAGUCUGGACAUGGCGUCGAGGGCCACACUACCCGUCAAGAGCGUUCCUGUAGUCCGUCGAGGAGGAGUCAGACUCGGGAGUGCUCACGGCAGCGCUACUGACAAGGCGAGGCCACGAAUUAUAGCUAACGAAAAUGCUAAACGCUCAACUCCAAAGAACUCCGAAUUGUUGAAGAAAACGGAGCAGUUAAAGGGCACGGGUCAUCUCCCUGACAAAGUGGUGACCGCCGCCAUCACGCGGGUUAGGUCCAACCUUAGUCUUCCUAUUCAGGGUCCAGAGCCGCCUGUUUCGCCUAGGAACGCCGUCUCCGAACCUUCUGAAAUUGACUCCAGCUCGGACGCGGAGUCUGCUACCACUGCCACCACGACCAACACGGCCGCCACCCCUACCAGUUCCGUCGAGGUCAACUAUCAGCCCACACAUACUCGCCCCCAUCACAACCUGGCUGACCUGAGGGUACCACUAGCUAGACCCAAAGACCCGGAACGACCUGCCUGUGAGAGGGGAGAGAAGCCAGUGUCGACAGUUAACCAGAAUACCUCAGGAAUCCUUCGCGAACAGGGACCAAACUUCCUAGCCGAGCUGGAGGGAGACCGGCUGAGUCUGUACGGGCAGGGCGCUCUACGCUGUACCGAGAUCUCUUGGGACAAAUCUAUGGCCACAGGGGCCACCACGGCGCGCUUCCAAUACAUGAAUUUCGAGGAUAUUGUCGACAUCUUCCCCAAACUACGGGUAAAGUUCCCACGGCUGGAGAACUUUGUCUUUGUGGAAACUCACCUGGCCAAGUGUAGCCAACUUAAUGCUCUGGCGGAGCUCCACCAAGUAACGUCCCUGGAGGUGGGGCGGGAGGGAAACCCUCUCACACAGACCACCUACUGGAGGUUGUACGCCAUCUUCAGGUUAUCUCACUGGGGACUCCGGGUUAUCAACGGCACCGAGGUGAGUGAAGAGGAGCGAACGGAGGCAGCAGUCAUGUUCUCUCCCUUGAGCCAAUUGGCCUUCACUUGCCUGCCACGGGACCAGCUUGCCGCUUUCCUAUCCUCUCACCACCAUCACGCCAACGACCACGAUACUUCCUCUCCACCACCUGGUGGCAGUGGGCAGUUGGACUCAGGAAGUGGUACAGCCAGGGAGGAGAGUGACGCCCCUCGCCUCAACGUGCCGCACCUUCAGGAUCUUAUCGGCAAGGAGGCCCUCCAGUACCGCCCCACCGUCAGGCUCUCACAGGACGAGAGCUCGGCCCUGAUCUGUGCUGGACGUCAGGCACGGCAGCUAGCGGUGUGGACCUUCGACUCCAUCCACCGCCUCCAUAUCCACCACUCCACCUGGCCCUCUGUCCUCCAUGACCUAGUACGCGACGCUGUCACCGACCUGGCCAAACCAACCUACGGCAAGCAGUGCCUCGAGGACGUCAAGCGAAGUCUCGGCUGGAAAAAGUGAACAGGAGAGAAGAUCGUGAGCUGAAUGCUGGACCAACACAUUAACUUCACCUCCUCCAGUAACGAUUUCCGGUUAAAUGACAUGAAAUGGAAAUGUACUGUGUGGGAAAAGAUCUGCAGAUAGAACUAUUGGUAAAGCGAACUAACGGCGGUAUCUGACAUAGUUUAUAAUAGUUACUCUGGAUUUGACAGGUAUAAAUAUCAGCGAUAAAGGAAGGCCUUAUUUGGGUAAGAGGGAACGUGUCCUGGGAUAUAAAUAAUCAGUACAGCAGAGGCUUCAAAGUCCUGUAUUAAGAAAUGAACUGUCGAUCAGGUCCUUGCUAGAAUGAAGUUCGUAACAAAACAUCUGAGUACAAGUGCUAGGAGUCGUGGUCGUAGUAGGAAGACUAAAAACAGAACUCAAGGUGUUUUAAGAUUAAUCGAAUUUCGGAAUAACAAAUGUCGAUUAAAUUAAUGUUUACCGUCAAAACCAAUAGCAAAGGCUGGUCUGUUAUAUUACAAUACAAAAUACAGUAUUAAUAACAACAAUUUCUAGACAAUUUUUCACUAUACAUGCAUAGUAUUUCGAGUUAACCCAUCCAGUAUAAAUGACAACACGAAAAAUCAGCAGAUCAGCAGUGGUAAGCAGGUAAUGAAUGUGGUGCAUUAAAUAUGAAAUUUUACAAAAUGUAUGAAUGAAAACCACCUAAGAACAAGAUGAGAGCCUCCUCUUGGGAAGGCAGCUCAGAUGAUCUUGACGUUAACGAGCUUUCUUUUCCGAUGAGAUAAAUCACUUGCAACAUUAAUAUUUCUUGCACUGUUUUGCUUUUCCAUUUUCAUUUAUGGAAUUACUAUUCAAUUAUGGUCGCGAACUAUUUUUGCUAUGUUUGUCAUAUGUAAUAGAUUAUUGUCUCAAAAUAACUAGAAUUUGUCUGUUACUAACAAAUAACCAAUGAGGAGAAAAAUUUAUGUGUAUACCGAGAUGCUACUGGUAGGCUAUUGAUGCCGGCCUAGUGAUUUGAGGUGAUACGUCAGCAAUCACUGAAAGAGUUUCUUUUAAUGCGUAGAAUCCACUGAUAUUGAAAUGUCCAUUUGUGCUUUCCAUUCAAGAAGUUAUUGAUAGAACACGGAAAUUUACUGUGUACAAUUUUGCACAUCCAUAAAAAGAAACGAUGGAAAUUAAUCAAAUAAAAAUGUGAUUUAAGAAUAUGCAAAAUGUAUAUUUACAUGAGGUUUGCUGUGGUGAUCUCUUGUAUAUAGUAGUUAAAAGGUAUUUGUAUAUUUAUGGUACGACAAUCAAGUAUAUCCGAUUGCUGGUACAAUCUGAUUUUAUAAAUAGUCUUAAACGUAGGCCGUCAGUUAAUAACAAAAUGGUUAUAUGAUAAAUCUAUAACUUAGGGAAGAAAUUUGUACCAUAGUAUUUUGUUUAGGCAGGAGAGUCGUGUACUGUAGUGACCCUUUCCAAGUUAUUCUCGGGUGUUGCUCUAUUACAAAACUCACUAAAAAGUACAGCUGGAUUAUAUUUAGCUAGGCUAUGGAGGACUGGUGAAAUGUAUAGUUAUAUUUUCCCCCUCAACGCGAUUUGAUUAAUUAUCCAAAUUGUUCUGCAUUUGACUUUGGCAUUGUGUAACAACGGGAAAUGUGCGUGUUGGUUAGUGUAAGGUAAGUAAGUCAAGUUACAUAGAGGUUAAGCCCGUUUCUGAGAUGUCGACAGUCAGGAAUUAACUCAGCGCCCCAAUCCCUUCUUUUGCUCGUAAGUAUACAUGAACUCUUUUUAACCAAACUUACACAAACCAAGAACAUUUAACGGUCCACCCAGUUAGCUCAUGAAAACAAGAGUAAAUAAAAUACCGACAAUCAGUUAAUUUUUUAAUAUAUCAAUUACUAAAGUAUGUAGUGUAAUAUCUCGGAAACAGGGGAAAAUGUAAUAUUCACUGGUGACAGUUUAAGCUAGAUGAGAAGAUCAGAUCUCAGGAAAGUAUUUAAACAUUUAAAUCUUGUCAAAAUUUUCGGAUGUAUUCAGUGCAGUGGGCGCUCACUGCUUUGGCCGAUGGCCAUCAAGAAACUCGCUCUAUCCUAGUCCACUCAAUAAAUAAUUAUAAACUAAACACGAAGAAAAAGGUUGUAACAAGUGACCUUCUGUAGAAGAAAAUAUGGAGAAUGCGUAGUAUAAUCCACUUAUUUAGUUGCGCUGAGAAAUUAUGAAAGGCAAAACAAACACGACACCUGUAAAAACAUGUUUCUACGAUAUAACAUACAAGAUUUUUACAUGAUCAAGGUGGGCAUUAAUGUAGCCGCAUAAAAUUGUAUAAGAUCCGAGUAUCGGAAUGAAAUAUUAAUGAGAAGCUUAAAGGUAUCUGGUCGCAGGAAAACCUAGUCACUUGCUAAUAAUGGUAGAUAAACCACCGGUCCAUAAGACAACUACUGUACAUAACCGCUUGAACCAAUCAUAGAAUUUAAAUAGGGUUUACACAGAAGGAAACGCAACUCAUCAUCUCAACACAAGAAUUUGUAUGGUGAGAAAGGAUAAAACAAAAACGGUAUUGGAUAGGUCGAGGGCAGCUUGAAACUAUUGAGGUUGUAACUUAAUUCUCAAAAAAAAAAACAUAACGAAGAAUUGAUAACCCAGGUGGCGAGAUAAUUGAUGUCUCGAUAAGAGAAUCCAAGGUGGGAAGCUUUCACCGCCCAUUAAGUAAGUUUAGCGUGGGAUGUGGCGGCCUAGUUGAAUACAGACAGCUCAGUGCUCUCCACUUGUCCUAAGGGUCGCUGGUUCGCACCCGGGACAUCAGUCCGCACAACUGAGAAUGGGUAUUAUACUUUUAUAACUGGAAAAGUGAAAAUGGUUAUGUCUACCGGAGAUUUAGUCUUCAAUGUGCUGCCCUGUUAUUAACAGGUCAUCAGGCCGAUGAGGUACACUUUCAAGCAUAAUAUAUUAACAAAUAAGUUUACUCAACAACGCAUUUAUAUUUUACCGAAGAACUUGAGUACGUAAUGUUCUUGCUGUACAAACAUCACAGUGAAGAGUUGACCUCCAUAGUAUACUCUAUGACCUUGAUGACGACCUAAUUACUAUGUCCUUGUUUGUAACCAUUUGUAAUAUUGUAAUGUAUAUAUAUUAUGUAAUAUUUUGUUUUACUUAGCGUUAUCUUUAUUGUAUACACGCAUAUCUUUUAUAAAUCAAAGAAAUUAGUGUGAAACUAGGCUUUUAGGGAAAAUAAAGCCUUAAAGCCAUUUUUGUAUAGCGCCGAGAUGAAAAAAAAAUACUGUACUGUACUAUACUAUCA